GUUAAUGAUGCCAACGACAAAGAACAUAAACAGGAAGUCACGAGAGACGCACUGGUUGUGUGAUUUUGUCGGCAAAUUCCGUCGUUUUAUAGUAAAUAAUCUUUUAGACCUGCACAAAAACUCAAGAUGGGGAAGCGACAGCACCAAAAAGAUAAAAUGUACAUCACAUGUUCAGAGUACACAAACUUUUAUGGAGGAAAGCGAACAGAAAUCCCACAGGCAAACUUCAGACGGCUUCCAUUUGACCACUGCAGCUUGUCCCUUCAGCCGUUUGAGUAUCCUGUCUGUACUGAAGAGGGAGUUGUCUUUGACCUGCUGAGCAUCGUCCCAUGGAUCAAGAAGUAUGGUACUAAUCCGACCACUGGAGAGAAACUGGAAGCAAAGUCCCUCAUCAAACUUAACUUUGCCAAGAACAACGAUGGGAAGUAUCACUGCCCUGUUCUGUACAACGUCUUCACAAAUAAUUCUCACAUUGUUGCCAACAAGGUCACCGGCAACGUUUUUUCUCAUGAGGCUGUUGAGCAACUCAACAUUAAGACCAAAAGUUUUAAAGAUCUGCUGACAGACGAACCCUUUACUAGAAAGGACAUCAUAACACUUCAGGAUCCCACAAACCUGGAUAAAUUCAAUGUUUCCAACUUCUUCCAUGUAAAAAACAACCUGAAGGUGUUGGAUCCUGAGGAGGAAAAGGCCAAGCAGCAACCGGGGUACCACCUGAAGACAACCAACCUGGAGACCAGGGAGACCUUAGCGGAGCUGUACAAAGACUACAAGGGGGAUCAGCUCCUGGCGUCCACUAUGAAGGAACCAGAGGCCAAGAAGACAGACAAAUUAAACGCAGCCCACUACUCCACAGGCAGAGUUUCCGCCUCCUUUACAUCCACAGCCAUGACUCCUGCAACAACACACGAAGCAGAGGCCAUCACAGACGACAUUGUGCGUUACCAGUAUGUGAAGAAAAAAGGCUACGUCCGUCUACACACAAACAAGGGAGACCUGAAUGUUGUUGCACUGUGA